AUGUCGUUUCAAGAGAUUCUGAGUGCCUUUGCGCUGCCUGCCCUGGUGCAGCUAGAGACCGUGUGCAGACAGCGAGAGGUCAUGUCAGUGGCGGAUGCUGCGGCAGCUUGUGGUGCUGUCUGGGUGGCAUGCUUGGACCAGUUGCCUGGCGCUGACAUGCACUUCGCAUCUCGAAGGCUCUGCAAGCUGAGAGACACCAAGGAGCUAGUUGUCGACGGCCACCUCGGGGACUUGGAACCCGCUGCGGCUGAUGCCGAUGCAGAGGCUGCUGCUUGGCGCCGCGAGGCGUCUGAACUCCAAAGGCUUUGUCGACUCCGUCCGCCGCUGGCGGAGGCCCCGCCUUGGCUGCCUGACCUGCCGAGCAUUAACGCAGUUUCAUCAGCGGGGGACUUGGUUGCAGAACCUUCGCACUGCACGGAUCGUGUUCUGGUUCUUGAUCAUGCUUACGACGUCGAGGAUGACCUCGAUCUGAUUUCUCCCAGAAUGCGCAUGCAGAAACACGAGGACUGGUUGAUUUCGACCAGUUUGGAGCCGCUUCGGGACAGCUUCGAGGACAGCAGCUUUCAGCAGCUUCUGCAUCAAUUCGCGGCCGAACAUGCUCAAGACUUUCAGGCGCUGUGGCCAGAUGGAUCCCACCCGUUGUUGUGGACUCUGCGGCACCAAGAGUACAAGGAACUCUUCGAGUCACAUCUUGAGAAGACUCUCGCUGAUAUCGGCAUGACCAGGGACAGCUUCCAAUCUGCUAUGCGACACCUACAAGAUGUACGGGCAUCUUUGGGUGAGAUGCAGGCAGACCUGGACUCCUUCCUGAAGAGCCUUACGGCUGCUGAUGAGUACAAUGCCUUCUUGCAGGUCAUGCUGACCGAAGUCUAUAAGCAGCAGGAAGCAGGCCUUGUCAGUGCAGCUGUCCCAGACAGCCAGCAGAUUGAGGUCACUGUUCCUUCUGGCCAUGGAGGCUAUGCUGCUGCGUCUGUGCCCGUGGAAUAUCAAGGCUAUCAGUACGACGUGCCAAUCCCUUGUGGCUACAGUGCUGGUAUGUCGUUCCACGUGUCCGUCGUGGUGCCGUCCUACCGCAGCGUCUGCACAGCAGUGCCGAGCCUCGCCAAAUUUGAGACCUUUGAGGCCAAGCUUCUUAACUUAGGCACCGCCAUCUUUGGCAGCACCAAUCAGCAUCUGCUCUUGCGGCUGCGGCUGCAGGCAUUGCAGAUGCUCCGCAAGCUCCGGCGAGUGAGCCCGGAGGCUGGUCUCAGUCUGCAGGAAGCGCUGGGCGUGGAGGUGGAGGAAGCUUUGGACAAUCCAGAGGUUCUUUGUUGGUGGCUCCGCUGGACAACCCUCUCACGGCGAGCUCUACAGUCUCCGCCUCCGCAAACUGCUCUGCAGAUGCUGAGAAGGCUCAGCAUUCUCCAUCAGGAAGACGAGAAUCUCCGAGCCAAGGAGGACAUUGAUGCAAUUACACCCUUCAAGCUCGCAAAGGCAAAGGCCGAGGAGACUGCGGAGGACGAGGAGGUGCGUAAGCACGAGGUGCUCUUCCCAGGUGAGGACCAGGUGGAAGCCUUGGCGGCCUUGGGACUGAACGAGGACGGCACGGCAGAGACGGAAGGCGACGGCGCUGUCACCGGCGGUAGCAGCCUCUAUGACCUCUGGUCCAGUAAGGCAGAGGAGACCAAGAAGAAGGCCAAGACCUCUCAAGGCCAAGCCCCAAAGUUCCAUCUGCAGCCACAGCAGCUUGCCGACAUCUGCGAUCUCAGCCUGGAGUGCUUCGGGGACGAGCCCCUCGGAGCGCAGGAGGCAGACGAGCUGCGCCAGGAUUCGCUGGAUGCUUCCUUGGAAAUCUUUGUUCGCCGGUCUUUGCGUUUGUGGCCUGGCAAACGAUCGCACGACGACGACUCUUUUGCUGGUCCUUGUAGCCUUGCGGUGGUGGUCGAUGCUUUGAGCUCCGCCGAGGCCCGCAAGAGCGGCCUACAAAGCAUGGCAAGCCGUAACCAGCAGUGCAUCCGCACCCAGUGGCCGAUCUGCGAUGAGGCUGCCUUGUCCGCGACAGAUACAGGCCGCCCCCCGUCUCGCAAAGGAGAGUAUCGGACAGAAGCGCACGGCAGCCGAAGCUCGGAGAAGCUCUGGUCUUGGUUGUUCUCGCCAUGCAUACUGAAAUGGGUUGCUCCCCUGGCUGCUUUGCUAGCUCGGGUGCGUGAUCUUCUGGCUCAAUUCGAAGACCACCCAUCCCUUCUGGCAAUCUCAGGCCUUGUUGAAAAGAUGAUGGCCUUAAAUCUGCUGCAGACGACGCCGAUGGGCAUCGUGACGAUGCUGGAGCUGCUCUUGGGGCGAGUGACAGUCUGGGAGGAAGCCGCCAGCCGCCACGUCUCGCUACAAGCGCAGACGCAGCCGCUCAAGGUUCUGGUCGUCAGCUUGCGCGAGCGGCAGCUGCUCGAGUGGAAAGGCUUGCGGCAGAUUCGCGAGCGCUUCUGGGAACGCAACGGCUCCAAGUGGUGGCUUCACCUCAUCGGUUUGCUCUCGGAGGCCGCAGACUCCCGAAGCCUCAGCGAUGAGCUGCUGCGCUUCAUCCGCACAGCUCCACUUGGGGAAUUCCGGGCCCGUUUGAAAAUGCUUCGAGCGGCAGCCCGACUCCAGAUGGAGGCGGAAGGCAGCACCAGCAUGACCGGGCUGGUGGCACAUCACGUAUGGAACUUCAGCCGGAAGUGGCUUCCUGCAGUCGAGAAAGAGCUCUCGAAAGCGCAGCAGGCGAUGGAAAAAGAAGUGCAGGACUUGGUGAAGAUUGUGCGCUGGGACCUGUCGAACUACCAUGCUUUGAAGGAUUCGGCUGCGCGCAGCCACCGGCAGCUGAGCCGGGCCAUCAAGCGCUUCGACGACAGCCUUCAAGAGCUUGUGGAUCUGGUGCUCUCCUCGGCAUCCUCGGGCUCGAAGCCAGCACCGGCUCACCAAGGCAUCAAGUUCACCAAGGAAGUGUUUGCCCUCGAUGUGGGGGAAAUCUCCGGACCAGCGGCUACUGGGCGGGUCAGCGACAGUGACGAAUUCUGGGGCAACGCUCAAGCAGUCGUGGGAGCUCUGCCCUCCAUGCUUGGGAGUCUGGAACGGAUGAUCGGUCAACAGCUGCUUCCAGAUUCGCUUUGCCUCUCUGCGGCUGCGGGCUCCGGGGUGCUAGAGGUGGCUGAAGACCUCUGCUCCGAAGCCGAGUCUGUGCUGGAGUCCUUGCAAGACCAGGAGACGACCCUCCCGGUGAAGCGAAGAAGACUUCAGGGCCUGAAGGAGAUCUGCAGCAGCUUCGGAUUUGUCCCGCGCCCUGUGCACGACUCUUCCUUCGACGUCGCGGAUUUCUUCUGCUCCAUACUUCCCAUGCCGUUUGUGGCAGAGCAGUGCGAAAGGAAAGGCGAGCAAGAAUCUGCACCAGGCCGGCAAGAGGAGUCGCCUCCGAAGAGGCAGAGGCUGCGUCUGCGGUCCAAGCAGAACCUUGGCGACGCUGACCCUGUGCAGGUGCAAAAUCAGGUCUCUGAGGCUACAAGCUCUUUCCUUGAGGACUUCAAGACUGAGGUUGAGCAAGCCUGGGCGAGGACUGAGGACUUGAUGUACGAAAUUCUGCACUUGGCACUGCGUCUGCAUUCCAUGAAGAGCCGGCCCAAAGAUCUCACAGCCGGGGAGAUGCAGGUUUGGCUCGGCCUGGCCGCAGCUUCCAUCCAAGCCGUCCGAUGCCACCGCGAUCGCUGCGUGGCCUUUCAGAAUGCUGUGGUGAAUCUUGCUGACACUUGUGGUGCUGGCAUGACGGAUGUCUCCCUGAAGGUUCCAGGAGAUCUUCUGCGAAGGGUCUUCGUGCUGCUCGACCGGCUCUUGGAAGGUGCGCAUCAAGCGCGGCUGCUGGGGACGGCCGGCAAGGGCUCCUGUGACGAGAUGCAGAGUGCCAUCGGGAGCUUCGAGUCCACUCUGACAUUUGUCCACUACUCAGCACCAGGAGAGCGCGAAGCAACAACGUUGGAGCCUGCUCUGAGCUUCGAGCCGAGUUUCGCAGAAAAGCUCCAGGUGGAGAAUCCACAGGAACCAACUGCAUCCGAAGAUGAUUUGCUGGCCGUGGAGCAGCAGCCGGCCGAGAUUCCUGCCAAGCUUCUCGGCUGCAGACAUCUGAGACGGAAGCCGGCCAACGAGAGCAACGAGUGCUUCAGCCUGCGCGGGGCCCUGUGCUGCGCCGUUAGCUUCGGCUUGACCUUCUACCUGGGCGGAGUGCAGAUGGAGGAGGAUCUAUCGGUGAUGACAUCCUCUGCGCCAACGCAGGAGACUGGCUUGACAUCCAGCACUGUGCCAGCGACGGGAGCGCCAGCUAUGGUCAUGGACUUGCAGAUGUGCCUGGAGGCUGCAGCUUACCUGAAGAAGCGGCUUGACUGCUGGGUCGGCAUCGUGUGA